UUACAUCCCAUCAUUCAAAGCUCAAUUUGAGGCUUUUGAUUAUAGUAAGAGAGUUAGAAUGUCUAAAACUAUCUUCUCAAUAUUCAUAUUUUUGGUGGCUGUUAACUUAGUCCCAACAGUGCAUGGAAAAAAAUUGGUGCCUUGUUUUUUCGUAUUUGGAGACUCCCUUGUUGAUAACGGAAAUAACAACGAUCGUGACACCGUUGCAAAUGCCAACUUCCUUCCGUACGGGAUUGAUUAUCCCAACGGACCAACAGGCAGAUUUACGAAUGGUCGAAACGUAGCGGAUUUCAUAGCGGAGGCAUUAGGAUUUACCGAUCACAUCCCGUCGUUUGCAACGGCUAAGGGUGGCGAUGCCGUUGUAAACGGAACAAACUAUGCAUCUGGAUCAGCAGGGAUUCUCAAUGGAACUGGAAAGGAAUUUGGUGAUGUGAUAAGCUUGGAUGAGCAAUUGCAAAAUCAUCAAACCACAAUAACAAGAAGCACUUCUAUGUUUGGAAGUGCCCAUGUUGCCAAAACUCAUCUCGGCCAGUGCAUUUACUAUGUCGGAAUGGGGAGCAACGACUAUGCGGCCUACACCAUGAACCCAGACCGACCAUCACCGGACCAUUAUGCGUCGCUACUAAUUGAUAACUAUUCUCGUCAGCUAAGGGAGUUGUACGGAUACGGAGCGAGGAAGGUGGCGGUGUUCGGAUUGGGGGCAAUAGGGUGCGUUCCGGCCACACACCAUGUGUAUGGGACGUUAUGCAUGUCGGCAACCAAAACGAUGUCGGGUGUAUUUAACACGAAGCUAAGAUCACUAAUCAAUGUUCUAAAUCAAGAUUUAGAUGGUGCCAAGUUUACAUAUAUCGACACGUUUGGGAUUGCAGCUUCUAAGACUACAAGCUUCAGAUAUCCCGAUUUGGAAUGUUGCACGGUGAACGUAGGAGGAACGUGCAUUCCACAAGGCGUAGCUUGUCGUGACCGAGCAUAUUUCGCCUACUUUGAUGGGUACCACCCCACCGAGGCUGCAGCCGCGGUCCUGGCCAAGCGUGCAUUUGCAGCUCGCUCGCCUUCGGAUGCUUAUCCCUUUGAUAUUCAACACCUUGUCCAAGUGUAGUAAUAGUAGUAAUAUUGAUAGGUGUGUUUGGUACAAUAUAUUUAGAGAGGCUAUAUUGCAAAUUAUAAGCACUCAACCUUAUAGUACUUUUAUAAAGUUGUAUUACGUAUUGACAAUGUCA